AUGUAUGACAUUCUGCAAUAUGAUAAAACUACUUCAACCGUUAUCACACUCGUAAAUCUGAUCAACGGAAAUGACAAUGUGAUGGUAGAUCAUCCAAAAGCCGGACGUCGAAUGUUGUUGAUCGUGGGUCUGAUUGGCAUGUGGUUCUCGACAGUACUGUUAGUGGUUUGUAUUUCUGCGAGUAUGCAAGGCCAUAAGGCGGCCAGUUACGGUGCAAUUGCCUUCGUACUGCUCUUCGUUAUAUCGUUCGCGGCAGGAGCA